ACUAGCAAGUUGUAGUAGAGCCCCGGGGUUUAAAUUGACCUGAAUGAUCCCAGUGCUGUAGUUAACAUAGCUGGCCUCUCAAAUUUUGCUCAUCUCUCUCUUUUGCUUUCUUUCCCCAUCUCUUACCUGUGAAACUUUCAGCUCUUGGAUUGCUAGUAAAAAAAAGGAAUCAGAGACAUUUGAGGAAAGCUUGAGGUUACCACCCACUGAGAGGCUCUGCAUGUAUCUGGUUCACCUCUCACUGAUUGAUCAGUUUCUCUGGAUUGAGUGCUGCCGGCCCUGGCUGUGCAGCUGCUUUCCUCUCACACAGGAGUGAGUGCUGAGGACUUUUGCUCUGCCGUUGUUUAAUAGCUAAAAGGAACUAGGAGUCACCAUGCUGCGAGAAGCUGUAUCAAACAUUUUAAAAUUCGAAACAUAUUUGGAAUCGUGGAUUGAUGUCCGAGUCAAGGACUACCCACUUAUGCAGGGCCCCGUAAAGAUGACCGUCAUCCUGAUAGCCUAUGUCAUCUUCUCAAAGUUCAUUGGGCCUCGCCUGAUGGCAAACCGUAAGCCCCUCCGUCUCAACACAGCCAUGAUUGUCUACAACCUCAGCAUGGUUUUACUGAACGCCUACCUGGUGUACGAGUUCCUGAUGGCUGGAUGGGGCACCACCUACACGUGGAGAUGUGACCUUGUUGACAAGUCAACGAGCCCAGAGACUUUCAGGAUGAUACGAGUGUGUUGGUUGUUUUAUUUUUCGAAAUUCAUUGAACUCCUUGACACAGUGUUCUUUGUGCUGAGGAAGAAGCAAAGCCAGAUAACAUUUCUCCAUGUGUUCCAUCACUCCUUCAUGCCCUGGACGUGGUGGUGGGGGGUCACCCUGACUCCUGCUGGAGGAAUGGGCACCCUCCAUGCCAUGGUGAAUGCAGCCGUCCACGUCGUCAUGUACUUCUAUUACCUACUCUCUGCUGCUGGACCUCGCUUCCAGAAAUACCUGUGGUGGAAGAAGUACAUGACAGCCAUUCAGCUUAUACAGUUUGUUGUGGUCUCCGUUCACAUCAGCCAGUACUACUUUAUGGAAAAGUGUGACUACCAGGUUCCUAUGUGGAUCCACCUGAUUUGGAUGUACGGCGUCUUCUUCUUCCUCCUCUUCUCCAACUUUUGGAUUCAGGCCUACAUAAAGGGAAAGCGGCUUCCCGCUACGGACAACAAGCCCAAACAGAACGGCUCAACCAGUGAAGCUAUCUCUGUGGUGGCCAAUGGGAAACACCUGGAGAAUGGGAAUGGGCACCACCACACCAAUGGCAAAAUCAUCCUGGGCAAAGUAAAGGAAAUCUGACUUGGUGACUCUGGAGGCUUUAUAAAGCUAACUUGGAAAUGUCAUUUGUACCUAGUAGCAUAUUGAAACGGCACAGAUUUCGAUAUGUCACUUCUAAACUACAUAAUUUUCUCUAUAUAUCUACUUUUUCUUAUGAACACUUGUUGGGAUAUGUUUUGGUGGUUUGAUGGCUUGCCACAUUGUUUGAUAGUCGUGAAAACUAUUAACUGUGAUGAACACUGUAUGGAAAUUGGUGCUCGUUUUGUCACAUUUAGUAUUCCUCAACUCAGGCUUGACCCACACAAGCCUGAUCCACACUACUGUUUGGCUGGCAUGACCCUUGUUGCUCAGUUUCCACUGAAGACCAGCACAUUUAAACAACUUCUAUAAAUGUUAUGUCACAACAAAGCUUUCAUUGUAAAUGUCAAAUAUUUAGUUUUGUUCUGUUUUUAAUUUAUCUUUUGAAAUAA